AUGAUUUGGCAGAGUUAUCAAGCAACGGUUCACGAUCUUAGUGGUGCUUCUUCAUCUUCUGCAGCUGCUGCAGCAUCAGCAACAUCAAUGCCUGUUCAGCAUCCGUCAACAAGCCCACCUGAAAAUCACCCUUUAGUGUUGGGCGGGGCGCCCCCUCUGACGGCUGGGGGCUCCCAAACGUCCAUAUCGCUAACAGCCGUCAGUAGUCCUUCAGGGAGUUCAUCAGCGGGUGGUCAACGGCUUGAUUCUACCCCGCACUCGGUGGAAACACCAAAUCAGCUGCUUACCACUCAACAACAGGAUAAUGUUUCUGAUACUGGUAGCAUAACUUUGUGCUCACGUUCCAGCUCUUAUUUUUCUUGCAAAUACGAGUAUUACCAUCUGUCGAGCGAAACUUCACAGCACUAUUGUAUUGAAAGUAUGUCAAAACAACAGGAACAGCAUGAAAACUACGAUAUCACAAUAAUACCAUUAUCUUCGCCAACUGAUAAUGGGAUAAUUUUGAAUUCACCAUCAUCAAUGAUAACAUUACCGAAGAAACGUGGGAUUUUUCCGAAACCCGCGACAAAUAUAAUGAGAGCGUGGCUUUUUCAUCAUUUAACGGUUAGUAGCUACGUGGUGUUUCCAGGUGAUGAAUCGUUAUCGAUGUGUGGUUCAUUAAAUGAUGACGGUGGUAGGGAAUCCGUAUUGAGCGAUGGAAAUGGUGGAAGUGGUGGUGGUUCAGCUACAGGCACUAACAAACGAAAAGUACCCAAAGUUUUUUCGAAAGAAGCAAUCACCAAGUUCAGGGCAUGGCUAUUCCAAAAUCUUACUUAUUUCGUAUUAUGUGAUGAUGUUAUGGUUAUUGUCAGGUGUCCAUCAUUUACUGGCAAGUAAUA